AGAGCCAAGUCACACUCUCCCAGCUUCAAAGGAAGACUGACAGAUGCAUCUAGGGUUCCCUUGGCAGGAUUUCAGAGGGGUUUCCCCACUGCCUUCCCCUGAGGCUGAGAGAGUGUGACUUUUUGCCCAGUGGGUUUAGAUGGCUGAACUCUCUCCAGAGUCGCAGCCCAGCACUCCAGCAGCCACUAUGCCAUUAAGCUGGCUCUCUGCAGCGGGCACAGUGCAGAGGGCACCAGAUCCUUGCCUUUCCAGCCCCUAUGUCCAGAGCUGAAGGAGUUUUCCCAGCAUCCCCCACAGCCUGCCAGCUUGCAGGUUCUCCAUUUCUGUGGUGCCUUGGCCUCUUUUGAGGUGAGGUGAGGACAUCUGGUCACCCUGGCAAGGGAGGCAGUGGCACUCUCUGCCCAUGCCCAGAGGGGAUCCCUUUUCUGCUCUGCUCUCUGCCUUUGCAAAAGGGGGUGCAAUUCACGCCAAUGUCCAGCAGAGGGCAGGACGAGACAAGGCUUUUCCUGGGGAUUGGGGGUAUGUGCCAAUCUAUAUAUAUAUUACUCCGCCUUUUGGGGGCUCAGCAGCAAGCCAGAUCCUUCUCUGGAACAGAGAUCCUCCUAAUAACCCAAGCUGUGCUUUGCAGCAAGCUGUGAGAUGAAAUGACACCAAGAGCAUUGGGAGAACAACUGAGGUGCACAUUUGCACACAACUCUUGAACCAAGGAUAUAUAUCUCCUGCAUCCAGGGAGCAGCCACCAAGAAGGCCUUCCACCACCCAUUUCUUCACUCAGAGUGGUCUGCAUGGAAGAUUGUAGCACCUUGGAGUGGGCAUCUUCAUCUUCCGGACCUUUGGUCCAGCCUUCGGAACCGGAGAGCUGGGAGGCUUCAGGGGCCACUCUGGAACCGGCCAAGAGCGAAGCAUCGCUGCAUGGCGAAAGAGGGAAAGCAGAGCCAUUCCACUUUGGCGUCACUCCGAAAAAUGGCCUGCAAGAACCCCAGGCCUUGGCUACCAUCUGUGAGGGUGCCGACCCAGAAUCCCCCCGUCCCUCGGGGGCCCAUGCACCCACCAGGAGCACCCAGGGACCCAGUUGCCUUCCUGACCGUUCGGUCUCUAGGUCAUCGACUUGCUCCUCGCUGGCUGGGUCCUCGCAAGAGUCGGACGAGGUCUUCAGCGACGCGGAGAAGAGCCCUUCGGAGAGGAAGCGGGUCUUGCGGAAGACCAAAUCCUGGAAGACCUUCUUCACCAUGGUGCACUGGUCCCUGAGGAGACGCAGCUCUUGGGUGCAGCUGGCCGGCCACGAAGGGAAUUUCAAACCCAGCGAACGGGGACAAAUCCUGAAGAAGUUCAGCGCGGUGGAAGAUGCCUGUCUGGCUCAACUGAUGAGUGAUGUCCUCCAUCCCUUUGUGCCCACUUACCAUGGGGUGGUGGUGGUGGCCGGAGAGCGCUACAUUCAGAUGGACGACUUGCUGAGCGGCCUCGAUAUGCCCAGCAUCAUGGACUGCAAAAUGGGCACACGGACAUACCUGGAGGAGGAGUUUGGCAAGGCGCAGCAACGGUCGACAGCGCGACAGGACUUAUACCAGAAGAUGGUGAAGGUGGACCCAUUCGCACCCACAGCCCAGGAACACAGCCUGGGGGCCGUCACCAAACCCCGGUAUAUGCAAUGGCGAGAGGACAUCAGCUCCAGCGCUUCCCUCGGCUUCCGUAUCGAAGGCAUCACAAUUGAAGGAGGAGCCAUACAGAGAGAUUUCAAGCAGACUCGCACCAAGGAGGAAAUUGUCGAGAUCUUUUUGAUGUUCACCAAAAGCCGCCUGGACGUUCUGAGCACCUACCUUUCCCGCCUGGAGAGCAUGCGCACAGCCCUGGAGGAGUCCACCUUCUUCAAGACCCAUGAGGUGAUUGGCAGUUCCUUGCUUUUCCUCCACGACCGGAAAGGACACGCCAGCAUCUGGAUGAUCGAUUUCGGGAAGACGCUACCCACUCCUGGCGGGCUUCACCUCCACCACGACACGGCCUGGAGCCACGGAAACCAUGAGGACGGCUACCUCCUCGGCCUGCGGCACCUCACCCACACGCUGCAAGCCUCCCUGCGCAAGGCGGAAGAAGGGCGAGAGUCAGAGGUGGCUCAUUCUUGAGGUUGCUAGCCCUUUGUCUGGGAGACAAAGUGGAAGGAGACGCCACCAAGGAGACCCUGCAAUGUCCAAGGCUGUGCCAACCACGAUUACCAGCAUUCAGAAGAUGGAGGGAGAUCUACGGAGAUGUGGCGCUCCAGGGCUUUGCAAACUCUGUGCAUUUGCUGCCGGUCCAUUUCUUGCCCUGAAGGCAACCAGGCAACUAUGGAUGCCAGCCAUGAAAGCCUUCGGCUUCACGUCGCAACUGGUAGCCUUUAGGGACCAAGGGAGACUCCAACUGUGUGUCAUGUUUUGUCCAAAGACAGCAUAGGAAAGUGGAUUUAGAGAGGAACGUAUGAAUAUGGUGUGUCUCUCUUAACAGCUGUGGGAUUGUGAAGGGCGAGUUGUGAGUUCGAAUGCCAUUCAGCAAGGGUGCAUCUCUCUCCGCCGGCCAAACUGACCACUAGUUUCCCUGUUUCGUUCUGGUUUCUCUAUGGCAGGGAUAGAUGAAUGUAGAAGGCCAGGGGGAAAGCCUUGGAGGGCCACCUUCUCAUUGCAAAAAUAAAACAUUUUUGCCCCCAAA